AUGAGGCGUGCGCCGGCGGCUGAGCGCCUUUCAGAGCUGGGCUUUCCCCCGUGCUGCGGGCGCCAGGAGCCGCCUUUUCCGCUGGGUGUCACUCGGGGGUGGGGGAGAUGGCCCAUUCAAAAGCGCCGCGAGGGGGCCCGGCCAGUGCCCUUCAGUGAGCGCUCGCAAGAGGACGGCAGAGGCCCGGCGGCUCGCAGCUCCGGGACCUUGUGGCGCAUCAGGACGCGGCUGCCCCUCUGCCGGGACCCCGGGCCGCCGCCGCUCUGCUUCCUGCGCGUUAGCCUCCUCUGCGCGCUCCGGGCGGGCGGCCGCGGAAGCCGCUGGGGCGAGGACGGAGCGCGGCGGCUGCUGCUGCCCCCGGCCCGGGCGGCGGGAAGUGGAGAGGCCGAACCGAGCGGCGCCCCCUCCUAUGCCGAGAAGAUGUUGGAGAGCAGCGGCUGCAAGGCGCUGAAAGAGGGUGUGUUGGAGAAGCGAAGCGACGGGUUGCUGCAGCUCUGGAAGAAAAAGUGUUGCAUCCUCACUGAGGAGGGGCUCCUGCUCAUCCCGCCUAAGCAGCUGCAACACCAACACCACCAGCAACAGCAACAGCAACAGCCUGGGCAGGGGCCGGCCGAGCCGUCCCAACCCGGAGGCCCCGCCGUGGCCAGCCUCGAGCCGCCGGUCAAGCUCAAGGAAUUGCACUUUUCCAACAUGAAGACCGUGGACUGCGUAGAGCGCAAGGGCAAGUAUAUGUACUUCACUGUGGUGAUGGCCGAGGGCAAGGAGAUCGACUUUCGGUGCCCGCAGGACCAAGGCUGGAAUGCCGAGAUCACGCUGCAGAUGGUGCAGUACAAGAAUCGCCAAGCUAUCCUGGCGGUCAAGUCCACGCGGCAGAAGCAGCAGCACCUGGUCCAGCAACAGCAGCCGCAGCUUCAGCCCCUGCCCCAACCCCAGCCCCUGCCCCAGCCCCAGCCCCAGCCCCAGCCCCAGUGCCAGCCCCCGUCCCAAUCCCAGCCUCAGCUCCAACCCAAGCCCCAGCCGCUCCAUCCGUAUCCGCACUCGCACCCGCACCAGCAUCCGCAUCAACUACCGCACCCGCACCAACAACCGCUUUCGCAGCAGCACGGCCACCGGCUUCUCCGCAGCACCUCCAACUCUGCCUGAAGGGGGCAGCACCCGGGCAAGACAAGGUUUUGAGGACUUGAGGAAGUGGGACGAACACCUUUCUAUUGUCUUCACCUGGAUCGAAAACAAGUCUCCCUGCCCUGCACCAGAUCAAGUAGUUUGGACAUCACCCGAUUGAUAACUUGUGUUCCCUCUUAGUUUUCUGCAUACUCUUCAUCACAAUGCAGGAAAUAAUUUCAAGUCCAGAAGGCUUUAUUUAUGAACCUUUGAAAGGACCUUCCAGUGUGGUGGACCUUCUAGGAUCGAUGAUGUACUGUAAUUUUAUUUUAAUGUAUUUUGAUUUAUGAUUAUUUAUUAGUUGUUUUUUAAAAAAAAUAUUUGUUCUAAGACAUUUCUGAAUGUAGGCCAUUUUCCAAAAAAGGAACUUUAUUUUCAAAAACAUUUCUCUAGUAAGUUCUAAUCUUGGCAAGGAAAAAGAGGUGGUGUAGGGGAAGGCACUAAAAAUUCAUUCAUAUAUUUCUAGGGCAUUUUCAGAACCCUGACACUCAUUGUUAUGCCAGGUGGUUGAAAUUAAACUCUGUGAUAUAACUUUUUUUUGAGGGUUUUUUUUCCUCCUUAGACAUAUAUGUUGUGUAGAAGUAUAAAGAAGCUAAAUAUUCAGAAUUGUGUAAUUAUGAAAAUCUAAUUGUUUUUCUAAAAGGAAAUAAGUAGUAAUGAUAUCUAAUUCAAAAUAUUUAAAGCACACCCAACUGAUGGCAGGAUGAUCUGGAAUGUGUGGUAGGGCUGGGUCUACUGAAGGAAAAACCUUGCUUAUAUCAUCUGUGAAGGGUUGAAUGAAGAGAUUUCUAUGGUUUCUGAUGAUAAAUGCAUUAGGUGUUUCAUUUCAAAAAAAAACCUAGUAGGGGAAAAGAGAAUCAUUCAACUUGUUAGAGAACAUAUUUGUUCUCUAACACACUAGAGAUUGCCCUUCUCCAAGGGCUUUUGCACACUUUACUUGAACCACAUUUUCUUACUUUAGUCUAGAAGCAUACCCUAGAAUCUUAGAGUUUAAAAGUACAGUGUGUGAUUAUUUCACAUAACUCUUCAUUUUCUUACUGCAAAUAAUGUUGGUCAGAGAAACAGCUGUUUUGCUUUUUAUUGCUCUGUGAGAAAUUGGAGGGUUAUAGGUUUUGUUGUUAGGUUAACUAAACUCAGAAAUUGAAAAAGGAAGGACUGGAUAAACACCGGAUUUUCAGUGGCAAAACAACCCCAGUCUUGUUUCGGCAGCUACUUGUUCAUGAGGGCUUGGGGUGGGGGUGUGCUUUUAAAGGUAGAACAAACACUCUUCUGUGUUAAAUCAAAAGGAUGGUCACAAUCCACAAGGGCAGAUGUGACUUCAGUUUAAAACGAACCAUAGAUGAUACAAAAUCCUCUUGGGGCUGAAAAUCACUUCCUAUCUGCAUGGCUUUACUAAUAGGUCUCUGUUUCCCAUUAUCUUAUGUAAAAUCUUGAUCAGUAUUUUUCCAGCAUCCAAACUGGAAAGGUCAGUAUUAGGUCAAUGCUAAGUUCUAGAGAGUCAAGAAAUGAAAACAGAAUUUUAUGCUAGAGAUGUCUUUAUUCUCCCUCCAUCUAGAAAGGAGUUGCCUGGUCAAAUUACUUUUUAAUGCAAUGUUUAAAUGAUGGAAUUUUGAGGCCAUAACUCCAAUCCAAAAACCUGCGUAAAUGGCAGACAGAACUCAAGUGGACUCCCACUUUCAGUGGCUAUUUAAGUUGUGGCUGUGAACAUAUGCUGCAAAGGUUUUAAAGAUCAUAUAUAUAGUAUGUGUACACACACACACACACACACACACACACACACACACACACAGCAUGGGCAGCUCAGAAAGCCAAAUCUAAAGAGUUCUUAAACCAAGUUUGAUUUGGCCUGUUUGGAGCCCCUACUGUACUUUAGAUGAUACCUCACUGUACUGGUGUUUUAAUAUACGUAGAUCAUAUAACCCCUAUUAAACCACAGCUUUUUUCCAGAAAGAAGGAUUUUUUUCUUUC